GAAAAGUCCUUUAUGUAUGUCUCAUUCAUUUUGCUUAUAUAAUAAGAUAAAGUAACUACAAUUACUAUAAACUAUAUAUUCUUUUAAUUUCAUUGAUAUUACUUUGUGAUGAUCAUUGAUAUUAUCAGAUGAUUUUUUAAUGUUUAAAUGUUUUAAGUAUUUUUGAGUAAUCUUUUACAAUUUUUACGAAAUAACUGUUCAAAUAAAACCAAAUAACUGUUCAAAUUAUCUUACGAAUUACUUAACUAAUUUAUAUAUUCUUGUAAUUUUUCGCUGCUGUUAUAUUUUUAUUUAAGUUAACGAAGGCACUACUUUUCGAAAUGUCAUUACGGCCCUGUUUCAUAGCCGAAUUGACGGAGGGUGGGGUAUAUAUGGGGGGAGGUUUAGCUCGAUGGUUGCCAGUUGCCACUGUCGACUUUCGUAGUUUCGACAGAUCAGCAUCCUGAUCGGUCUCUCUCUUUGCAGUGAUUACAGUGAUUACAAGAUUCAUUGACAAUUUUGUAAAACUUUUACGACAAACGUGAAAGUGUUCAUGCAAAACGUUCUUACAGUAUAUAAGUCAAAAGAAUCGAAAUAACAAUGUUGAGUCUUUGCCGUCAAGCGUUAAUAGUUAACAGUCAAAAAGUGAGUGCAAGGUGCUUAGGAACAAUAGUACCAGUACCAAAUCCUAUUGACUUUCCCUUGGAAAAUGAACCUGUGCUUAGUUACAAAAAGGGCAGCCCAGAGAGGGCAGAAUUGGAAAGGACUUUGGAUAAAAUGGCCAGUGAGUGUGAAGAAGUACCUCUGGUUAUUGGAAAUGAAGAAAUUAAAACGGAUUUAUAUAGAUACCAAGUUAUGCCACAUAAUCAUAAAAUAAAGGUAGCAAAAUAUUAUUGGGCAACACCUGAUCUAGUCAAAAAGGCAAUAGAUGUUGCUGUGAAGGCACAGCGCGAGUGGGAAAAAUGUCCCUUUGAACAACGCUUAGAAAUCUGGUUAAGGGCAGCUGAUUUAAUGGCAACAAAAUACAGACAGAAAUUGAAUGCUGCUACAAUGCUUGGACAGAGCAAAAGUGCUAUUCAAGCAGAAAUUGAUAGUGCAGCAGAAUUAAUUGAUUUCUUUAGAAUGCAUGGGUAUUUUGCCAAAGAGGCUUUAAAAUAUCAACCAAUAUCACCUAAUUCUAAAGAGACAUUAAAUUCAAUGAGAUAUAGGGGAAUGGAUGGUUUUGUUGCAGCAGUAUCACCAUUCAACUUUACUGCCAUCGGUGGUAAUCUUAGCUAUACCCCCGCUUUAAUGGGUAAUGCAGUACUUUGGAAGCCAUCUGAUACAGCUUUACUUUCUAAUUGGUGGAUUUUUAAAAUAUGUAAAGAAGCUGGUGUACCACCAGGUGUAGUCAAUUUUGUUCCAUGUGAAGGUCCCAUUUUUGGUGAUACUAUAACUGCUUCACCUUACUUAUCCGGAAUAAAUUUUACUGGAUCAGUUCCAACGUUUAAUCGUUUAUGGAUGCAAAUUGGUAAAAAUCUGGGGAAGUAUAAGAAUUAUCCCAAAUUAAUAGGCGAAUGUGGUGGAAAAAAUUAUCAUUUUGUACACGCGAGCGCUGAUGUGGAGUCAGUUAUUAAUGGGACCAUAAGAAGCGCUUUUGAAUUUAAUGGUCAAAAAUGUUCAGCUUGUAGUAGAAUGUAUGUUCCAGAAUCCUUGUGGCCAAAGAUAAAAGAAGGCCUUUUAUUGAUUCGUGACAAACUUAAAAUUGGCGACGUUAGAGAUUUUACCGUGUUCACUGGAGCCGUUAUAGAUGCUACUGCAUUUAAAAGAAUUUCUGGUUAUAUCGAACAUGCAAAAAAAUCAUCUAAUUUAGAAGUUAUCGGUGGUGGCAAAUAUGAUGAUUCGGUCGGAUAUUUCAUUGAUCCGACAAUAGUAGUAACAAAAGAUCCCAAAGAUAAAAUAAUGACAGAGGAAAUAUUUGGACCUGUCUUAACAAUAUACGUUUAUAAAGAUUCAAAUCUUGAUCAAACAAUGAAAUUGGUAGAAUCCUCGACACCUUAUGCUCUAACUGGAUCGAUAUUCUCACAAGACGAAAAAUGGGCGAGAAGAGCUUUCGAAGAAUUGAAGUAUACAGCUGGUAAUUUCUAUAUUAAUGAUAAAUCGACGGGCUCGGUUGUUGGUCAACAACCGUUUGGUGGUAGUAGAAUGUCUGGAACAAAUGAUAAAGCUGGCGGUCCUCAUUACGCUCUUCGCUGGGCAUCGCCACAGUCAAUCAAAGAAACGUUUGUUCCUUUGCGUGAAUACGAUUAUUCUAGCAUCUUAUAUUACAAACUGAAAAAUGCAGAUUUUUUGGGUUGUUCGGCAAGAACUAAUGAAAUAUCUUCAUGCAUUCCUUUACGUGAAUUCAUGGAAUUUACGUAUAAGGCUAUUUGCACUCGCAAUGCAAGUGAUAUGGGCUUUUAUGGUGAUCGAUACAUAACAUCUGGGAGUGUGUUUGAAGAUUGUGAUAAAUACGUACUAGUUAGAAAAACCAUCCGCUGUGUUUUUCGGACCUUACUUUUUUAUAUUCUUAUAGAGAGAUCAUUUACAAUGACUGAUAUUAUGUUAUAA